UCUGCAGUUAGUAUGCUGGUGCUCUCCCGAAGCGCCGGAGUUGAGUGUCUUUUCUACCUCGGGCCGGUCUGCCCUUUCCCACACCGUCCGGCCAGCUCCAGGAUUUUGGAUAUGGACCUUCUUCGCUUCCUGGCUUUUCUCUUUGUCCUGCUGCUGUCUGGGACGGGGGCCACAGGCACCCUAAGGAGUUCCCUGGACCCACAGCUGGAGAUCUACAAAAAGAUGUUUGAGGUGAAGCGGCGGGAGCAGCUGUCAGCACUGAAGAACCUAGCACAGCUGAAUGAUGUCCACCAGCAGUACAAGAUCCUUGACGUCAUGCUCAAGGGGCUCUUUAAGGUGCUGGAGGACUCCCGGAUGAUACUCAUUACUGCUGAUGUGCUCCCUGAUGGGCCCUUCCCCCAGGAUGAGAAGCUGAAGGAUGCUUUCUCCCAUGUGGUGGAGAACACGGCCUUCUUCGGCGAUGUGGUGCUACGCUUCCCAAGGAUCGUGCACCACUACUUUGACCACAAUUCCAACUGGAACCUCCUCAUCCGGUGGGGCAUCAGCUUCUGCAACCAGACAGGUGUCUUUGACCAAGGACCUCACUCACCUAUCCUUGGCCUGAUGGCCCAGGAGCUGGGGAUCAGUGAGAAAGAUUCUGACUUCCAGAACCCAUUUCAAAUAGACCGCACAGAGUUCAUUCCCAGCACUGACCCUUUCCAGAAGGCUCUGAAAGAAGAAGAGAAACGCCGAAAGAAGGAGGAGAAACGUAAAGAAAUUAGAAAAGGCCCAAGGAUCUCAAGAUCUCAGUCUGAGUUGUAAUCUUGGAGCAGCUCAGGGCUCAAGGGUGCCAGGAGAAGACCAGUGAGGAGGAAGAGGAGGCAGAGGUAUGGCCGUGGCAUAGCAGCAUCGGUGCUGGUGCUUGGCACCACCCCUUCCAGAUGCAGAGGCCAUAUCCGCUCAGGUCCCUGGAGCCAGGUCUGAGCCUCGGCUGAAAGGACUGAACCUUAGAGGGCUGGAUUUCCUUAUAGGGGCCUUCAUAGGACCCUGUGCUGCAGACCUGACCCUCUGGAGACUGCUGGGAGAGGGAGGAGGGGAUCCUGGCCCCAACCCUCCUGGUGGGUCAGGACUGCUGGCCAGCUGGCUAGCACCCUUUAUGGGAAAGCGGCAGAACCAGGUUCUGAGCUACAAGUGAAGGUGCCACCACUACUGCGGGCCCCACCGUGUCACUGAGCUGCCCAGCACAGAUCCCAGUCCCUCUACAGAGAUAUAAUAAAAGCCAGCAAACCCUUUGCACUGAUCGAGGCUGGUGAGGAGGCUGUGAGGGGACCAGGGCCUUUCAGGGAUGUAGAAACCAGCUUAGAGGAUGUUUCUGCCUCAUGAGGAGAAGUUGCAGGCACCAGCAGGGCAGAGAAACUGGGCUUGGCUUAGGCUUCCUGUUCCCACCUCAGCACUGCCCUUGACAAAGGAUCAGAGUUGAGAAGGGACUUGGAAGUGUCUUGGGAGGGUGUUUAGCCCAAGAAGACCUUGGAGCAACAUGAUCUCUGUCCUCAGGUAUCUGGGGACAGUCAUUGAGCAGGCACAGGGAAGUGUCAACUUGUCCUCCCUGGCAGUACUGGAGGACACUUGACCUGAAGGUAGGGGGAUGGUAGGGGAGGACUGCAGUCCUGCAGGAGGCCAUGCUUCAUAAUGGCAGGAGCUGCAUUGGUCAGAGUAGACCAGUCAGACAGUGAGCUUCCCAUCUCAAGAGGUGUAUGAGCAGAGAUGUGUGGCCCAGGCCAAAUUAGAUUUAUUAGGGGCAGUUAAGCCCUAGUGGAAGGUGUGGUUUCUGUGCACUGGGUGGGGGCAGAUGCCCUUCAGUCAAGCCUGUAGAGGAGGGAGAAGUUUAGUGGAAAUUCUAGCUCUGCCUCUUUGACCUUGCAUAGCCAGAG